AUGGCCGACAUGAUGUCUUAUCUCCUCUUCGGAGAUCAGUCACUUGAUACCCAUGGAUUUCUCGCCGAGUUCUGCCGUUCAGGGAAUCCGAGCACCCUUGCGAAGACGUUCCUCGACCAGGCUGGCCAGGCUUUGAGGGAGGAGAUCGAUGGUUUGGGGAAGUUGGAACGGUCGAAGCUCCCCACGUUCCUGACGCUCCGCCAACUCAACGAGCGUUACCACGCCCAGAGCAUCAAGCAUCCUGGUAUCGACAGCGCCCUCUUGUGUAUCACCCAGUUGGCCCAUUACAUCGACCGCCACGAAAAGGAGCCGCAAGAUGUUUCUGUUCACGAACACACUUUCUUCAUGGGUCUUUGCACGGGGCUUUUCGCCGCCGCUGCUAUCGCCUCGACCCCUUCAGUCUCUACCUUGAUACCCCUUGCCGUUCAGGUAGUCCUCAUGGCCUUCCGAACCGGCACUCACGUCGGCUCGUUGGCUGAGAGGCUUAGCCCGCCGGUCGGUCAAUCUGAACCCUGGACACACAUCCUUCCCGGCCUGAAGGAAUCCGAAGCCAAAGAGGCACUUACUAAUUUCCAUGAAUCUAAUUAUAUCCCCGUCGCCAGCCAAGCAUACGUUAGCGCUGUGUCGGCAUCAAGUCUGGCAAUCUCAGGACCGCCGGCUACCCUCAAGGCCCUUGAGGACCAGAAUGUCUUCGGCGUCAAGCCGACGGCUAUUCCCGUCUACGGACCCUACCACGCAUCACACCUUCACGGUACCGCAGAUAUCGAGAAGAUCCUGCGCCUCAACGACCCCAAGGUCGCCGAGAUUCUGGCUAAGACGAAGCCUCGCUCUGCCAUUAUGUCAGGCACCAAGGGCAUUUGGUUCGCCGAGACCGACACCAAGUCUCUCAUCAAGGCCGUCACACACGAGUGCCUCAUUGAUGUGCUUCAAUUCCAGAAAGGUAUUGAGGGAUGUAUCGAGACUGCUCGCGACUUCGAGGGGUCAACUUGCCUCGUUAUCCCCUUCGGACCCACACACAAUGCCGAGACUCUUUCCAAGUUGAUCAAGGACAAGACACAGUUGGACGUUACCGUCCGCCCUGGACCUAGAAUCCAGAGAGAAAGCUACAACUCUCCUAUUGGCAACCACGGCUCCAGCGGAAAGUGCAAGCUGGCCAUCGUUGGUAUGGCCGGUCGUUUCCCCGACGCCGCCAGCCACGAGAAGCUAUGGGAGCUACUUUCCAAGGGUCUGGAUGUGCACAGGGUCGUGCCUGCGGAUCGUUUCCCGGUCGCAACCCAUUACGAUAUCACCGGCAAGGCUGUGAACACCAGUCACAGUCAAUACGGUUGCUGGAUUGAGAACCCGGGAUACUUCGAUCCCCGUUUCUUCAACAUGUCUCCCCGUGAGGCGUUCCAGACCGACCCCAUGCAGCGUAUGGCCCUGACUACCGCCUACGAGGCCCUCGAGAUGUGCGGAUAUGUGCCCAACAGGACACCCUCUACAAGAUUGGACCGUAUUGGUACUUUCUACGGCCAGACCUCUGACGAUUGGCGUGAAAUCAACGCCGCUCAGGAGGUCGACACCUACUACAUUACUGGUGGUGUCAGAGCCUUCGGCCCCGGUCGCAUCAACUACCACUUUGGCUUCAGUGGUCCUAGUUUGAACGUCGAUACGGCCUGCUCGUCCAGUGCCGCCGCUCUCAACGUUGCCUGCAACUCUCUGUGGGUAAAGGACUGCGACACCGCCAUCGUCGGUGGUCUGUCUUGCAUGACCAACCCGGAUAUUUUCGCAGGUCUGUCGCGUGGCCAGUUCCUGUCCAAGACCGGACCCUGCGCCACUUUCGACAACGGCGCCGAUGGCUACUGCCGUGCUGACGGCUGUGCCUCCGUCAUUGUCAAGCGUCUGGAUGAUGCCGUCGCUGACAAGGAUAACAUCUUGGCUGUCAUUUUGGGCACCGCGACCAACCACUCUGCUGAUGCCAUUUCCAUCACUCACCCCCACGGACCUACCCAGUCUAUCUUGUCCAGGCACAUUCUCGACGAGGCUGGUGUUGACCCUCUUGACGUUGAUUACGUCGAGAUGCACGGUACUGGCACCCAGGCCGGUGACGGCACUGAGAUGCUUUCAGUUACCAACGUCUUCGCUCCUGCUGACCGCAAGAGAGCUGCUGACCGCCCUCUGUACCUGGGUGCUGUCAAGUCCAACAUUGGACACGGAGAAGCUGCUUCUGGUGUCACUGCCCUUACCAAGGUGCUGAUGAUGAUGAAGAAGAACGCGAUUCCUCCUCACGUCGGUAUCAAGAAGGAGAUCAACAAGGGUUUCCCCAAGGACCUUUCAGAGCGCAAUGUCAACAUUGCAUUCCACCUCACUCCCUUCAAGAGGAGAGAUGGUAAGCCCAGACGCAUCUUCGUCAACAACUUCAGUGCUGCUGGUGGCAACACUGGUCUCCUUUUGGAGGACGCACCCCUUGCGGCCAAUGCUGAGGCCGAUCCUCGCAGUGUCCAGGUCGUUACUGUCACCGGCAAGUCCAAGGCUGCCAUGAUCCGCAACGCCGAGAGACUUGUUGGCUGGAUGGAACAGAACCCCGAGACUCCUCUUGCUCACGUGGCCUACACCACCACUGCCCGUCGCAUCCAGCACUACUGGCGCAUGAACGUUGCUGCUUCAGACCUCCCUGAGGCCCAGCGUCUGCUCAAGGACAGACUCAAGGAGAACUUCACUCCUAUCUCUACCCAGCAGCCCAAGGUUGCCUUCAUGUUCACGGGACAGGGCUCUCACUAUGUUGGUCUCGGCAAGGACCUGUACGCCCAUUAUCACGUCUUCCGCGAUAGCAUCGACGAGUUCAACCAGCUCGCCCAGAUUCAUGGCUUCCCCAGCUUCCUGUCCUUGAUCGACGGUAGCGAGCCCGACGUUACUAAGCUGUCCCCAGUUGUUGUGCAGCUUGGCCUCUGCUGCUUCGAGAUGGCUCUCACCCGUCUCUGGGCUUCCUGGGGCAUUCUGCCCAGCGCUGUCAUGGGUCAUUCCCUGGGCGAGUAUGCUGCUCUCAACGCCGCAGGAGUCCUGUCUGCCAGCGACACUAUCUACCUUGUUGGAGCUCGCGCCCAGCUUUUGGUCCAGAAGUGCACCGCCGGCACUCACGCCAUGCUUGCUGUCACAGGCCCUGUGGAGGCUGUCAUGGAGGCUCUUGGCGCCCAGGCUGAGGCUGUCAACGUUGCUUGCAUCAACGGUCCCCGCGAGACCGUCCUCAGCGGUGCUGCCGCCAAGAUCUCCGAGAUUUCCUCGCACCUUGGUACUGCUGGCUUCAAGUGCACUCAGCUCAAGGUGCCCUUCGCCUUCCACUCUGCCCAGGUUGAUCCUAUCUUGGAUGACUUCGAGACCCUUGCUCGCUCCGUGAGCUUCGACAUGCCACGCGUGCCCAUUAUCUCGCCUCUCCUUGGCAAGAUGGUCGAGCACGAGCCAGUCAACGCUGCUUACCUCCGCAACCACGCCCGUGACGCCGUCAACUUCCUUGGCGGCCUUGUCCACGCCCAGCAGUCUGGCGCUGUUGAUGAGAAGACUGUGUGGCUUGAGGUCGGCCCUCACCCCGUCCUUGCCAACUUUGUCAAGUCUUCCUUCGGCAUCAGCACCAUUGCUGUGCCCACCCUCCGUCGCAACGAGCCUACCUACAAGAUUCUUAGCAACACUCUGUGCGCUCUCCACACUGCUGGUAUCAACUUGGACUGGGAUGAGUUCCACCGCGACUUCACCAACUGCACUCGUCUUCUGGAUCUUCCCACCUACUCUUUCGACGAGAAGAACUACUGGCUCCAGUACACUGGUGAUUGGUGUCUUACCAAGAACCGUGGUCCUUCCGCUGUCAAGGCUCCCCUCCAAAUCGAGCCUGCCAGGCCCAAGCUAUCGACCACCUCCAUUCAUGCUGUCACCAACGAGGACGUCAAGGGCGAUAUUGCUCUCAUCGAGACCGAGACCAACCUGUCGAGGCGCGACACCCGCCCUCUCGUUGAGGGUCACUUGUGCAACGGCGCACCCUUGUGCCCUUCUACUCUCUACGCCGAUAUGGCCAUGACCGUUGCAGACUACGCUUACAAGAUGCUUCGUCCCGACACCGAGAACAUUGGAUUGAAUGUUGCCAACGUCGAGGUGCCCAAGACCCUCAUCUUCAACGACAAGCUUGAUGCUCAUAUCUUGCGAACCACUGUUACUGCCAACGCAACGCUCGGCUACGCCGAUGUCAGCUUCCACACUGGAGAGGGUGCCAAGAAGACCGAGCACGCCACUUGCAAGGUCGUCUACGGCAGCACUGAGCAGUGGGCUGACGAGUUCGAGCGUGUCAGCUACCUCAUCAAGGGUCGCAUCGAUGCUCUUGAGGAGGCCGAGAGGCAAGGCAAGGCUUCUAAGAUUGGCCGUGGCCUGACUUACAAGCUUUUCACUGCUCUGGUUGACUACGAUACCAAGUACCAGGGUAUGGAAGAGGUCAUUCUUGACAGCAAGACUUGUGAAGCCACCGCCAAGGUCAGCUUCCAGACUACCGACAGAGAUGGAGAUUUCUUCUUCAACCCCUACUGGAUUGACAGUUGUUGCCACAUUUCUGGCUUCAUCAUCAACGGUACCGAUGCCAUUGACUCUCGCGAGCAAGUCUUCAUCUCCCACGGAUGGGGCUCUAUGAGAUUCACGGAGAAGCUCGAUAAGACCAAGACUUACCGCUCCUACGUCCGCAUGCAGCCUGUCAAGGGUACCAAGAUGAUGGCUGGUGAUGCGUACGUCUUUGACGGCGACCGCAUCAUUGGUGUUGCUGGCGAUGUUAAGUUCCAGUCCAUCCCUCGCAAGGUCCUUAACAUGGUUCUUCCUCCUCGUGGUCGUGCUGCGGCAGGUGCUGCACCUGCUACUGCGGCCACGGCACCCAAGGCUGCUGCCCCUGCCAAGGCUGCUCCCGCUAAGGAGAAGAGCGGCAAGGAGAAGGCCUCCAAGCAGGUCACUGCAAGCAACCUCAAAGCUGUCAACGCCAAGCUCUCCAAGCGCUCCGUCGUCCAAGAUGUGUUUGACAUCCUAGCGAAGGAAGUUGGUGUUACCCAAGAUGAACUCGCUGACAACAUCGCCUUCACUGAUCUGGGCUGUGACUCACUGAUGGCUUUGACCGUCUCCGGCAGAAUGCGUGAGGAGCUUGACAUCGACAUUGACUCUCACGCUUUCGUCGAGUAUCCCACCAUCGGAGCUUUCAAGAUCUUCCUUGGCCAGUUCGAGAGCCCGGACCGUAAGGAUAGUUACGUCCAGGACUCUGGUGAUUCUAGUGGCUCUGUCUCCGAGACCCCCGAGCUUGAGUCUGAUUCCAACGUCACUACUCCCUACGAGGAGAGCGACCGCUCAGUCAAGGGCGAUGCUCAGGAGGAGGAUUGUGAUGAUCUUCAGAACAUCCUUCGUGAAACCAUUGCCACCGAGAUGGGUGUCGAGGUUGAGGAGAUUAUCGCCGCUCCUGACUUGGCUGCUCUGGGCAUGGACUCUCUGAUGAGUUUGUCAAUCCUAGGCACUCUCCGUGAGAAGUCUGGGCAGGACAUUCCCAACGAUCUCUUCGUCACAAACCCCUCUCUCUUGGAGGUCGAGAAGGCUCUUGGCAUUGGCCCAAAGCCGAAGGCCGCCGCCGCACCCAAGCCUGCAAAGGCUGCUCCUGUCGCUCGGCGGGAGAAGGUGGAGCCUACCAGAGAGAUUAACACUCACCCUGGUAACACCACUGCCUCCAUCACCAAGCCCCCUCCACCAAGAGAGAUCAUUGACAACUACCCUCACCGCAAGGCGACUUCCAUCCUUCUUCAAGGCAGCACCCGCACUGCCACCAAGAACCUUUGGAUGGUUCCCGACGGCAGUGGUUGCGCGACUUCCUAUACCGAGAUCAGCCAGGUCUCCACACAGUGGGCUGUCUGGGGUCUCUUCUCCCCCUUCAUGAAGACGCCCGAGGAGUACAAGUGCGGUGUCUACGGCAUGGCCUCCAAGUUCAUCGAAGCCAUGAAAGCAAGACAGCCGAAAGGUCCCUACUCCUUGGCCGGCUGGUCUGCGGGCGGUGUCAUCGCCUACGAGAUUGUCAACCAGCUCACCAAGGCCGGCGAGAGUGUCGAGAACCUCAUCAUCAUCGAUGCUCCCUGCCCCAUCACCAUUGAGCCUCUCCCCAAGAGUCUCCACGCCUGGUUCGCCUCCAUCGGCCUGCUCGGCGAGGGUGACGACGACAACAAGAAGAUCCCCUCAUGGCUCCUUCCUCACUUCGCCGCCAGUGUCACUGCCCUCAGCAACUACACUGCGGAGCCCAUCCCCAAGGACAAGUGCCCCAACGUCAUGGCCAUCUGGUGCGAGGACGGUGUCUGCCACUUGCCAUCCGACCCUCGCCCUGACCCCUACCCUACGGGGCACGCACUCUUCCUUCUGGACAACAGAACCGACUUUGGUGCCAACCGUUGGGAUGAGUACCUGGACAUCAACAAGUUCAGGACUAGGCACAUGCCUGGCAACCACUUCUCCAUGAUGCAUGGCGAUUAUGCCAAACAACUUGGACAGUUCCUUCGUGAAGCGUCUUGUCAGAAUUCGUCUCAUCCCAAGUUCGCACUCUUGAUUCUUCGCUGCGACUUCGCCGGCGGUCUCAAUGCGGCCAUCACUUCGCGCAUCGUGUGUUCCUUGCUUUUCGCGUUAGAUACUUGCGACGAUGGGGGUGCAUCCCCUGCUUCCGAUUCCACGUUCCCGAUAUCUUCACAAGUUUUUUUUUUUCUUGGUCUUCUUUUUGCCUUUUGUCCCGCCAUGCUCAUACUUCCUACUUUUCCCAAGGGCCAAGAAGAUCAGUUAGUCUCCAUCUUCUGCGUACUCGUACUUGACAAGGAGAUGCUCGUUUUGCACACCCCGUUCCUGUUCAAUUUUGGCCAUCGGGAUUUUCUGUCAAAAGCAAAGCCCUUCUCGUCGAUCUCGACGAUGAUGGGAUCAUCCAUGAUGCUCGGCCGGGCCCUUGGAUUAUAUCUCUUUCGCCCAGAACCCACCUACCCUCAUCCAUACCUACCCUCGUCCAUACCUACCCACUUCCCUUUCCGAUCCCAUCACGCAUUACAGCAUCUCCAACUCGUUCCCCUCCAGAACGCCAUACACGGCAAUCAUCUCGUCUCGUGCAUGGAGACAAAGAACAAUCCUCUCCGCAAGGCACACCAGAUUUCUCGUGUGAAGAUCCUCGCCCGUCCCAAGUACCCAAAUCUGGUCUUUCCCUCCUUCUCUAUCCGCGCCCCUCCUCCCUCCCCCACCCGCCAACGUCAUGGCAGGGCAGACGUAAAACGAAAGGCAAAGCGGAAACCCGAUGAUGCGAUUACGGCGACAAACUUUAACCUAUCGCGAUCUUCCGCUGGAAUGGAAUCCGCAUCGUAUCGUUCGUACAAUGUGACGCCUGCGAAUCCCAUUCGGAAGAGAAGACGACGGCAUCUCUCUGCCAGCUCAGGAGUCACCCUCCCAAUGAAACCCGAAUCCCGGGCCUGGGUUGUAGACGACAUAUGCAUGAUACGACAACCGGAUAACGUGAUAAUUUGCGCUGGGCCACACGAAAUGAAGCAAAUCUACCUGGAAACCGGAUACAGUGCUCCCCCAAAAAAAAAGCAGCACGCGGUCGCGGUUGUGAUGGCAUUGCCGGGAGACAUCUUCGACUCCGGUUCCGUCUCAGGGCCGAGUGCCAACCACCCAAUAAGUGUCUCGCGAAGUAACAUCGAGAUGUUGCUUUACCAAUACAAUUACGUUUUCCAAGAAAGCAUCCCACCGCUCCUGAGCGCUAUCAGCAUCCUAACCAACGAGCUGACCACAACCACAUUCCAAUGUCCAAUGUACCAUUGGUACAUUGGCACUACAUGUGCCACUCUGUACCCGAUACCACAAGAUGGUCUCAAAUGCCACAUGACCCUCCCUUUCCUCCCCCUUCGACUCUGCCCCGGAUUCCCUCCCGAGUCAAUGUCGAGCGAGACCUAG